CUGUUAGCAACUUGUAGCUAGCUCGCGACUAAGGAAGGCAGUGCUCCGAGGGCUGUUCCUCAGACACCACCCCGAGUCAAAGACUGUCUGCCCGUACAUAAUUCGGUGAGUGAAGUCCAGAUGCAUGAGUCUGGGUCAGAACCAACAAGCUACUUCAUUCAGACAGAGAACGGGAAUAAUAGUGAGAAUGAGAGUCGAGUGAGGAGCAGCCAGCCUCCUCCUCCAGAGGCACCACAGGUUCCAGUGUCAUUAUCCAUGAUGACCCCACCAGCAGAGGCCCCCCAGCAGUUGCAACAGACCCCACAGCAGCAGGUGCUCAGUCCUCAGCAGCUCCAAGCGCUGCUCCAGCAGCAGAAAGCACUCAUGUUACACCAGGUAAUGCAUGUUUGUAGAAUAAAUCUGCGUUUGUCCCAGACCACAUUAAACACGAUGCUUUUAUUUGUCUUUGCUCAAAUGUCGUCAUCAUUUCUGCAGCAACAAAUUCAAGAGGUCUUCAAGAAUCAGCAAGAGCAGCUAAAUAUUCAGCUGCUGCAACAGAAGAAUGCUGGGAUUGUUAGUCAAGAGCUGACAGCCCAACAGAUUGCCAUCCAGCAGCAGCUCCUUCAGGUGCAGCAGCAACAUCUCCUCAACCUGCAGAGACAAGGCCUGCUGUCUGUCCUUCCCAGCAGCCCCAUUGCACUCGCAGGCUGUGAUAAUGGUAGCAUCCUGUGUGCCGGUGGAGACACCAGAGAGUCUUCCAGUCAACAACAGUCUACCACCAACGGUCUUCACACUCUUCAGAAGAGGAACGAAAGCGGGUCACUGGAUGCAAACACACAGAAUAGCCAUGCGCUGUACGGAAACGGCAUGUGUAAAUGGCCGGGCUGUGAGACGGUCUUUGGAGACUUUCAGGCAUUUCUAAAACAUUUGAACGGUGAACAUAUACUGGAUGACAAGAGCACAGCACAGUGUCGUGUGCAGAUGCAAGUGGUUCAACAGUUGGAACUGCAGUUGAAAAAGGACAAAGAGCGACUGCAGGCCAUGAUGGCUCAUCUCAAGUCCUCCGAACCCAAACCCACAGCACAGCCUGCUAAUCUGGUGCCUAAUGUAUCCUUCUCCCAGGCAACAUUGCCCAAAGGUUCUCCUCCUAUGAGUUUGUCUCAGAGUGCCACAGCUCCAUCCACACCCCUGACGCCGCUCUCUGAAUCCCCCUCAGUCCUCACUCCCAAUAGCAUGUUCACUGGAACCCCUGUACGGAGGCGGUACAGCCGCUCUGUGAGCCAAGGUAACGAUAUAGUUGAUAAUAAGGACUUCUACUUGAGCACAGAAGUCAGGCCGCCAUUUACAUAUGCGUCUCUCAUAAGACAGGCGAUAUUUGAAUCACCUCGCAAUCAGCUGACAUUAAAUGAAAUCUACAACUGGUUCACAAGAAACUUUGCAUAUUUCAGGCGUAAUGCAGCUACCUGGAAGAAUGCUGUCAGACAUAAUCUCAGCCUCCAUAAAUGCUUUGUACGUUUGGAAAAUGUGAAGGGAGCCGUGUGGACAGUAGAUGAGAUCGAGUUCCACAGGAGAAGGCCCCAGAAGGCGGCUGGUAAUGGGUCUCUGCUGAUGAACUCACAUAACCAUCAGAGCCUAGUUGGGUCUGCUCAUCAGAGUGGUGGUCUAGACGGCAACAACUCCCUCUACAACGCAGCAUCUAUGGGCAGCAUCCCAUUUCACUCCCUGCCUCAUGUUCUCCAAGAGCAGAUGAACGGAGCGCUUGCUAUUGGAUCUGGAUACCAAAGUGACAGCAGUGCAACACAGUCCCCUCCACAAGCUUUCAUUAAAGAGGAGCAGGAGGAUGAGGAGAUAUGUUAUCCCUAUGAAUCUCCGGAGAGCACAGACGAGCACGGCCACAGCCCAGAGAUGAACCACGAUGAAGACAACGGCAGCCCGGAGAUGCCCAAUCUUCAUUUCGAUCGCGUGCCUUCUUUCUGACCAUGAGGUCCAAAGUUCUCCACGGCAAAGGCCGCCUCACUCUCAGCCUGUGUGACUUUGUUUUCCAAAAGUUUCCAAAAAAAACAACUGCUUUCAUCUACGUAACCAAACACUCCCUUCUUGGGGAAUUUUUUUAUCAGCUUUUUUUUUUUGUUUUUGUUUUUUUACUUAAUCUAGCGCUCAGUUCUUUCUGUACAGUCGAGCGCCAUCACAAACACACAUUUGUGAAACUGUUCAUGAUUUUUCUCAUUUUAUAUUUGUGUACACAACAGAAGCAUGAUGAGCAGAGAAGCCAAAGGAAAGGGUGUAUCGAUAGUUAGCACUUCACAAUGAAAAGCUGCCCCCCCCCCCCCCUUGUAUAGCUACUUUAUGCUAUGUUGGAGCCUCACUACCUGAUUUUAUUUUAGUAGUCAUAAUAUAUAAAUUUGUAGAGGUUAAAAAAUAAAAUGUUGCUUUAAAAAUGAAAAUGUUCACUGCCAACAUGAUCUGAUAUAUUUGUAUUUAAGGUAUGAUGGAUUGAUCAAAUGAAUACGUAGCUUCUUUAUACUUGUUGGUCUUUUUCACCCCCCCCUUCCACCAACAUUGCUGAGUUCGCUCUAAUCGAGCUUGUAAGAGUAGAUAAUAUAGAUUGACCAUUAUUGUAAACCAAUGCAUCUCUAUGAAUAAUAAAUCCCUCAUGAAAAAUGUG